AUGGGAAACCAGAUGAGCGUCCCACUAAAGCCUGGAGAGCAGGAGCAUGACCCAGGAGCAGACACUUACAAGGUGACGUCAGACAAUGAGUGUGUUCAGAAUGGGAACCCAGUGGUGCUGUCCACUCAUGUUAUUCAACACUAUGAGGAAGUCGACUUGGGAAUCAGCAGCUCCAAGGAUAAUGUGGCUACUUCUUCCCCCAAGACAAUGGAGGCCCAGGCUGUGGGCGAUGCCAGCGGAAAGAAUCUUGGGAAAGAAGCCAAGACCAAGGCACCAGCUGCUAGAUCCCAUUUUUUCUUGACACUCUCUCGGCCUGUACCAGGACGUCCCGGGGACCAAGGCACGGAUUCAUCGGCUGCAUCGGGGAGGUUUGAUGUCAGUCCAAGCGCAGCGCCUGAGAACAAAGACCCAAGUGAGCACGGGGCACUUCCGGUGGCAGCUGCACCAGGGCAGGCUCCAGAUAAAACCCCAGGGUGCACUGAGGCCAAGCAGCAGACCCUCCCUGCCACCGGCCCAUUGGCACCCUCACCACCUGAGUCCCAGGCAGAAGCCCCCGCCCAGGUCAAGGAUUUCGGCUUUUUGAAUAGAUUCUUUAAACUGGACAAAGGAAGAGAAAGUGCACCGGUGAACAGCCAGCCCGAAGAAGUGAAAAGCUCUGAAGACCCAGAUCAGGCCACAGAGGCUCCUGCCGUGCCAGGGAAUCCCCAUGGUGUCUCUGCAGGGGAGGACAUAGUCGACAGUGAGCAGAGAGGACAAGACGUUGACACUCUGAGUUAUUCUGUCCCUGGGGAUCCAGAGGUGCUGGGGACCACGAAGGAGGACCCGCAGGUGGUCGAUACCACAGAGGACAGCAGGUCCAUCAUGAGCUUCUUCAAGACACUGGUUUCGCCUAACAAGACUGAAACAAAGAAGGACCCAGAAGACACGGAUACUGAGAACUCACCCAUGACUUCAGCCAAUCUCAAGUCAGACAAAGCCAACUUCACACCCCAGGAGACCCAAGGGAAGGCAAAGAGUACCAAAAGCUGCAGCCCCCCACCGCCACCUCCUGAGACAACCAGCGAAGGGAGAGACAGCAGCAAGGAGAAGGCAGGGCCCACCUCACUACCGCUGGGAAAGUUGUUUUGGAAGAAGUCAGUUAAGGAGGAUACACUUUCCACAGGUGCAGAGGAGAACGCGGUGUGUGAGUCACCAGUAGAGACCGUAAGGCUUGAGGAAGUAGAAUCCAGCUUACAAACUGUGGAUCUCAGUGAAGAGACCCAGCCUGAACCCACAGACGUAAAAGUCAAAGAAGAAAGCAAAUCCCGGAGGACCCCUCUGAUGGCGUUUCUCAGACAAAUGUCAGUGAGAUCGAGCGAAGGGAUCCCCCGCUCGGAAGAAAGUAACGUGAAAGACUCCAGCUGCCAAACGUCAAACUCCGUGGAAAAGACGCCCUCACCCCCAGAGCCAGAGCCCGCGGGAACAGCUCAGAAAAACAAGGAGACCUCCUCCUCGAAGGACAAGAAAUCAGUGGACAAGAAGUCAGAGACCGAGAACAGCAAGCAGAAGAACGGCAAACAGGAAGCCAGAGAGCCGGCGCCGUGUGUGCAGCCGCCCACGGUGGAGGCAAACGCAAUGCAGACUGGGGACAAGACCCCAAAGAAGUCUGAGAAGCGGCGACAGUCCCUCGGGGGCUUCCUGAAGGGCCUGGGACCAAAGCGGAUGGCAGAUGCUCAGGUGCAAACGGACCCGGUAUCCAUUGGACCAGUUGGAAAAUCCAAGUAAACAAAUCACCCAGUUCCCACCGGGUUCUCCUCCCACUCCAUCUACUGUCCAGACCCACACUGUGUAUAUAUUUUUUUCUUCUUCUUCUGGCCAGCCAAUGAAAUUCUGCCUACAACUUCAACCUGAAUUGUUGUAGAUCGAGGUGUAUUAUUUACGUCUCUGGUCCAGUCUUUCCUGGCAUAUAAGUGUAAACAUAGCUUAGCAGGUUGACCAGUUGAUCCAAGGGAGCUGGUGAGUGCCAGGUCAGGGAGGAAGUAGGUAGAUAAAGGCAUUUGUGUUAAGUUAUGAAAAAAAUGGCAGGUAUCCAGUAAGGUGCAGAAGAAAAGUGCUUAUGAGACAAAGAAUAUCUGGAUUUGUAGCCACUCUUGCCACAUCCUCUAAGCCUGAAGAGGGGAAGGGAAGACUGGUUUAUUUCAUUUCACGCUUGGGGGAAGGAGGACUCAGGGCAGGUAUCUAUGUUGGGCGUCUGCCAACUUUUGGAACAGGAUGUGUGGGCUGUAAAGAAGAAUGGGCAAGAAUUGGUUUUCAAAUAGGGUCCUUGGAAGUUAUCAGUGAAUGGGGGAAGUGAUUUGCUGGAGAGGGCUUGCUAGGAUUUGAGGGAACAAUUACUUCUGGGGCACAGGGACAAGGGCAUGAAUUCCCAACUUCAAAAGGAAGCAAAAUGAAAUAAAGGUGCAUGUUCAUUUUGCAACACAAGGGGGCGCCAGGAUCUCCGCUUUUCCCUUUGCAUCAGGUACCCCUAACAAAGAUUUGUUUCUGCACUAUUUCAUUAUUAAUGUUUCUCAGAUGGCUGAGGGACUUGCUUCAUCUGUUCCGUCUGACGCUUAUCUCACGCCUGUCUGUAAUGUCCUAAUGUUUUCAUAAUGUGCUCUGAUAAAAACCCUCCCCUAACCCAGUUAAUAAAAAUUGACAGAUUAUGCGAA